AUGCUGCGGCGCGGCUUUCAGUUGGUGAAAGGUCUUGGACAAAUCACAGGUCAGAAAUUCUCGACCGGACGGAACGGCAUCACGAUUCGGCCACUGCUUUCCACAGGGACUCAAUGGGACACGGGUUCUCCAUUCCAGACCAUUCGUCCUUUGACGAUGUCACCAUGGCCAUUCUCUACUCAACCCCGAGACUAUAGUUUACCCAACGCGUCUUGGAGCGAGGAGAUGAAGAGAUUAUACGACCAUUAUAACGCGCUGUGUGAAGUGGAGGUAGAGGGAGGAGGGAAGCGAAAAGGCCCGUGGAGGAGGUUACCUAGCUACAACCGCACAAUCAAAUAUGCCACAGGGGGUCGUUGCUUGAGUAAAGUGCUGCAGGCGAAAGCUCGUCUCUUUACGAGGAACAUCGAGGAGCAGGGCGCGGGGUUUGAGUACGUUGUCUUCAGCAACAAACAGGAGAAACGCUGUGUGUGUGUGUUUCAGGCUGGACAUCUACUGGAAGGGCCACCAGGGCACGUUCACGGAGGAGCGAUAGCCACGAUCAUCGACUCGGUGACGGGCACCCUCGCUUCCUACCUGUCGGGACCCGUCAUGACGGCCAACCUCAGCAUUAACUACCGGAGUCCCAUUCCACUUGGGAGUGUGGUUCUUGUGCACAGCAGUUUGGAACGAACAGAAGGCAGAAAGACCUUCGUUACCUGUCAAGUAACCAGUGCAGAUGGCUCCAAACUCCAUACUGAAGCCACAGGGUUAUUUGUGUCAAUUAAUGUAGGACAUUUAUUUGGAGCAUGACACACACCAGUAAACCCAGAUUCCACCACAAGCCUGCCAAGCCGGUAAAAAAGAACUCUGCACUG